GUUAUGCGACUGGUCAAGCUGCUCAGUAAGGGUGAAGGCAUUCGAAUCCUCCUUUGGACGUUUGUUAAAUCUCUACAGGCAUUGCCAUAUGUUGGCUUACUCAUUGCCAUGAUCUUUUUCAUCUAUGGUGUGAUUGGGAUGCAGACAUUUGGGAAGAUAGCAAUAGAUGACAGCACAGAGCUCAAUCGAAACAACAAUUUCCAAACCUUUUUCAUGGCUGUACUGUUGCUCUUCAGGUGUGCAACUGGUGAACAGUGGCAGCAGAUCAUGCUUGCAGCACUGCCAGGGCAUCGAUGUGACCCAGAGUCUGACAUUGAGCCGGGAGAGGAGUAUAGCUGCGGAAGCAACCUGGCGUACCUCUAUUUCAUCAGUUUCUUUGCACUCUGUGCCUUCCUGAUCAUUAACUUGUUCAUCGCUGUCAUCAUGGAUAACUUUGAGUAUCUGACAAGAGACUGGACUGUGCUGGGCACUCAUCACCUCGAUGA